AUGACAACAGCUGCUAGACCAACUUUUGAUCCAGCUCGUGGUUAUGACAGUAAAGCACCAACAUUACAAUACAGUUCACGAGAUCUUGCAGCUCACACAAAACUUAAAUUUAGACAAACAGGACAGCUUACAAAAGAAGAGCUUGAAAAUCUUGAUCUUAAAGAGGAACUCCUUAAGGCUGAAAGAGAGCACUUUGAAAAAAAACAAAGUGAACAGUUACGUGAAGCUGGUGCAGCUGGCGAGAAUCAAUAUGCAGAAACUCGGCGUCGGUUAUUGUUGGAAACUGCCGCUUUAGACAAGGACGACAGUGAUGACGAUAGUGAUGAUGAUAUUUCAAGAGUUGGAAAAAAUCAAAAAAGAGCGUGCAGAAGAGAAAGAAAGAAUGAAAAGAUGGAAUCCGCCGAAAGACAAAGACAAGAAGAGGCCAUGAACGGAAAUCCUCUACUUCGUAAGGACUUUAGUGUAAAAAGAAGAUGGGAUGAUGACGUAAUUUUCAAGAAUCAAGCACGUGGAGUAGAUGAUAAACCUAAAAAAAGAUUUAUUAAUGACACUCUUCGCAGCGAUUUUCAUCGAAAGUUUAUGAAUAAAUACGUGAAAUGA